AUGGGUGGAACAUUAGGUGCCUUUAGGGCCUGGUAUCUGGUCGCCCUCUGCUGUACGGGUAGUUUCUUAUUCGCGUAUGACACAGGUGUCGUCGGAGGCGUUUUAUCGCUACAGUCCUUCCAAAAUGAUUUCCGUAUCACCAAGUCGAAUCAAACAAAUGUCAGUUCCAACGCAACAAGUCUUCUCCAGGCCGGAGCUUUCUUCUCUUGUUUCUUCGUCUGGCCUUUUACGGCCAAGUUUGGUCGUCGAUGGUCGAUCGCGUUAGCUUCGCUCAUCUUCAAUAUCGGAGGUAUCAUUCAAGUCAUCAAUACGCACUCGCUGGCCGCCUUUUAUGUCGCCCGUGUCAUUUCUGGUGUUGGAGUAGGAAUGGCUACCGUUAUAAUUCCAAUGUAUAGCGCGGAGAUGGCGCCGAAAGAGAUUAGGGGUCAAUUAGGAAGCAUGUUCCAAUUCUUCUUCACACUGGGUGUAAUGACGUCGUACUGGAUUGACUAUGCCGUAUCGCUACACUUGGGCCCGACAACCCAACAAUGGCAGAUUCCCAUCGGUCUUCAGCUCGUUCCCGGCGGCAUACUAGGGUUAGGAAUGUUACUCACGAAAGAGAGCACUCGAUGGCUUGCCAAAAAGGGUAGAUUGGAAGAGGCUAUGGAAUCACUCGUUUGGGUUCGUGGCGGGGACAGCGUCCAAGUAAAAGAAGAAUUCGCGGAGAUUAUCGCAGGCAUUCAAGAGGAAGAACGUGUUACUGAAGGCCUCACAUGGAAAGAAUACACCCUUCCAGUCAAUCGCUUCCGUUUCCUCGUCGUUAUCACGCUUCAGAUAGGUGUACAAUUGACUGGAAACACCAGUUUGGCCUACUAUGCUCCUCAAAUCUUCAAAGCCGUCGGAGCUGGCGAUCAGAGUCUCUUGAUCAGCGGAUUCUUCGGUGUCGUCAAGGUCGUUUCGUGCUUAUUCUUCUUACUAUUCCUUGUUGAGAGGAUCGGUCGUCGCGGCUCUCUCUUCGGUGGGGCGUUCCUUAUGGGUGCUUAUAUGCUUAUCAUAGCUUGCUUAACAGCUACUCAUCCACCGGUCGCCGGUCAAUCUCUGACAAGCACCGGUGCUGCAGCUGUAGCGAUGGUUUAUCUCGAAGCUAUGAGUUAUAACAUCUCGUGGGGACCUGUGCCUUGGUUAUACAUGAGUGAAAUCUUCCCGUCCAGAAUACGUGAAGCAGGCGUUGCAGUUGGAACGGCCACUCAAUGGUUAUUCAACUUUGUAUUCUCCCAAAUCACCCCACAUGCCAUAAAUAAUAUCGGCUGGAGAACGUUCUUGAUGUUUUGCAUAUUCAAUUGGUCUUUGGUUAUAUAUGCGUGGUUCGUUAUUAAGGAGACCAAGGGCAAGUCUCUAGAAGAAAUGGAAUCUCUAUUUGGUUCUAGCGAGACUGCUAUCGAUGUCGAGAAAAUCCACGAACAAGUACGAAAUGAUACGGCUCAUACAGUAGACGAAAAGCACUAA